UUGUCCUCCUUGAAAUAUUAUCGAGCGUUCUUUGGAAAUUCUUUGAUCAGCUGCCCGUUGCCGUGUGUGUUCUCGUGGGCUUAAGGCUCAAUCCAACUGCGAGUUGCUUGCAAGUGAAUGAUCGCCACCAGCAUUCACUCCUGCAUCAAGUCAACAGUAAAGCUAGCAUUUGGAAAAUGGCCGCAGUGGAGACCCGACCAAUGUGUGCAUGGUCUAAUGAUACUUAUCAUCUAGACGAACUUGAAAAUGUCGACGAACAAAUGAUGUUGAAUAAUUCAAAGCACUUGAGAGUUCACACGGCAGCAGCACCUGGGGAGGAUGUCUGGUUAAGGCUAGGCCUGCCCCCAACACCUCCCCGCUCCCCAACAAAGUCCAUAGGAGAACCUACCCAAAAUGACACUACCGUUGCAGAGCGCCUUCAGUUGGUUUCCGAAAGCCUGGACGGUUUCCUCGAAGUGGCUGAACGUCAACACCAAUCUGAUGCGUGCAGCUUGGGCUCAAAGCUCAUACAAGACUGUAUGUGGAAUGGAAAAGUAUCAGAAAGGGAAAAGGGUGGCACUUGCAUCGAGAUUUUUUACGAGACCCCAUGUGCCACGCCCCCUCCGUUGGACUACUCUAGUACCGAAUGUGUCGAUCCAUCAGCGGUUUUUCCAUACCCGCUAAAUGAAACCGGACCGUGUCUACAAGAAGAUACAGAUGAAGAAAUUGAUGUCGUUUCGCUGGACAAACCAGAAUUGAAAAGGAAGAACUCCGAGCCUAUCGUGAAAGAAAGUAAGCCGCUGAAAUUACUGAAAAGAACGAAAAGUUUGCCCGUCAAAUCAUGUAGCCGCGCGGCAAAACGAACUUACGACGACUCAUCUUCUGACUCGUCGACUUGUGAUCAUAACAGAAAUAACGAUGACUCGGAUUCGGAUAAGCGUGCAUCGCACAAUGUUUUGGAAAGGAAGCGACGGAACGAUUUAAAGUCAAGUUUUCAUACGCUUCGAAGUUACGUCCCGUCGCUGUCUGGAAACGAAAAGGCCGCAAAAGUUAUCAUUUUGAAGAAAGCCACCGACUAUAUCCACGAACUGCGAAGUAGUGAGGAGGACCUUGCGAAAGAGAAAGAAGAACUAAAGAUUAGACAAAGAGAACUCCUGGAGAGAUUCAUCAAAUUGAAGCCUAAGGCAAAGUAAACGCUUGUUGAGAGACUUUCUCAGCGUCAAGUCGCGAACUAGAAUUCAGCUCUGCCUGGACAGAGCGCGUGUUAAUUAAGUUUUGUUGAUUAAACCAUUAGAAAAUGGACUAAAACUGAGCCCUCGUAGAAGCAUUAAAAAUUCGCUUUAAUGCUGAGAUAAUUGUUUCACUUUUUGGUCACAACUACCUAGUGCUCACUUUUAGCCCAUAGUUCACAAACGCAUUUGCAUUCAUUUCAUCGUUUUUCGCAUGGACCUCUUUCUUCAAAUUCGACGUGAUGAUGCUUCACCCCCUGAUUUUCCCAAAGCGACUUUUUCUCUGCUUAGUUGCAAUAGUAUAUUCACUUAAGAUACCUUUAGCUAGUAGCUAGAAUUUUUUAUUUGGAGUUAAUAAAUGCGGGGGCAAGCAUCUUAUUUCGUGGAAUUUUUCUACCAAGAGUGAAUUUGUAGAAGAGCUCUCCAUUAGAAAAAUUAAACUAAUUGGAUAAUUUUGAGUUAUUAUUAUUCUUUUCAUUGUAGAUUGUAGCUUUUAACUUUCUUCUCUUGUGUUUAGUUCAGACAGGUCAAUAUCCGAAUCUUCUCGUGAUCGUUUCUCCAUUAAAAGUGAUUAGAAAAUUUCCCGCGCUUUUCUCAUUUCCCGCGUUUUUUCAUUCCCGCGUUUUUUGACAUAGAAUUUUGUAGGCGAUUUUAGAGACAUCAGUACUUUGUUUACUAUAUGUCUAUCGUUCUCCAUACCCCACAAUUUAACUAAUAUUACAAACGGAUGCUUUCAGAAAUAUUGUCGCCAACAGUUGGGAAAGAACGCCCGAAUAUCAGUUUGAUAGGAAACAUUUCUUUUCGUCUCGUUUAGAAUUGACCGUUUGGUGAAGGAAACCAGUAGUUAGCACGGAAAGAUUCGUGAUAUUUUGUCGCAUUUGUUUACUGUUUAUGUAAAGGGGAAAGGUUAGGCCCUGUCUUGUUUAUAGUUAACAAGCGAGGGAUUAGGAAUCUUUGAUUAGAUCACACUAUCUAGUCUUUGACUCGUAGGUAGGCAUUCUAUUUCACAAUUUUUUGGUCUUAAUGAAAACAUAAUUUUUGAAGGGGUUGGGAUAUAUCAUCAUUGCCACUCCCCUUUGUAGCUGUUUAGCUUAAAGUGUUUGCAAAACAUAUAAUCUAAAGUCUGGAUUGAAAACAGAGCCUAUGAACUUUUGUAAAUGUAAUGAUUUUUCAUGAUUCCAAACAGAAAAAUGGGAUUUCGAUACUGAGGUAUGUGAAGUUUCGAGUUAGUUAAAACUAAGCAGGCCUCAACUACAAAUUGCGUCAUUUAGCUUUUCAUGGGGUGUUAAUGUUCCUGAUUUUGAACAGUUAAACGAGGUUUUUUGAAGAAAAUAAUUUGUAUUUGUUUGAUUUUAAGACAGUUGUAAUACAUAAUUUUGUGUUUAUAAGAAGACGAAAGGAAUCCAGCAAAA